AUGCAUGCUUACAUAUUGGGAUGUAGCAGUUAUGAAGGUGUGCAUCAGGAUCAUGGCAGUCAGCAGCAACAGCCACAGCACCAGCAUCAGCAGUCGCAGCAGCGAGUGCUUGAUCCAAGUCAAUACUUUCAGAUCGUUGUUGACGAAGUUGCAGGCUCUUCCUCCCUCCUUUUCGAACACCUCGAACCAAACACGACAAGGGCCCAAAUACACAAUAUAUUUGGCCAGUUCGGCAACAUCAAAUCCGCAAAAAUGUUUAUGGGUCUAGAUAAUCGCCCAUCCAUAUUUAUUGUCUUUGAUCAAUUGGAUAGUGCUCAAGCUGCACAUAGUCAAGCAACGAAAAGUGGAAAUGAUAUACGAUGCUACUGGGUGCAUGGGCCGAUUAGUGACGAUGGCAUUCAUCAGACUAUAUAUGACACAAAGGACAAUAAGUGGUUGUGCUUCAGCCCGAGUUGUAUGGUUACGAAGCGUAUAGGUUCGCAUAAGAAUCAGUUGGUUAUUAUGCAUGUCCCGUUAGAGUCGUUAGAUCUGGUUGAUGGGGAUCGUGUGGUUUUAGAUCAAUUGACAACAAUUGCCGCCAUUCCAACGAUCAAUCUGCACAAUGCCGAUGAUCCUAUUCGAUACCCACCAGCAGCGGUGACCUUAAACCGUCCGGUACCAUCUACACAACCAAAUACAAUAGCAUAUAUACAUUCAUACCAAUAUCAGCAACAACAGAUACAACAGCGAGCACCACUACCACCAACCGACACAAGUAUGGACACUCUAGCUGAAUUAGCAAGCAUCCUCGCCGAAAACCUACACAACUCGACAUCUGCUGAACGACUAAAACGUAAAUUAAAUGAUCCAGAAGCUUAUGAGACGCCGUUUGAAGUUUUCAAUGACGAUGAUAUCUUGUUGAGGUUUUACAUCGUCAAGGAUUUGGAGACGAGGGUUAUUAAGAAAGCUGUGUGUCGUAAUUGUCUAAAGGUCUGGAAAAAGAUGCACAUUGGACUUAUUCGCAAACAUCUUCUACGAGUUGAACAUGUUGAGUGCUUGGAAGGCAGGAUGUGUAAGAGCGAUGAUGAGUGUCAAGACGCCUUACGAAUCGACAGUCAAAAAUACGAUUUGCCAGCAGCAAUGAUAGAAGCAGCAUCGACCACCACUCAAGCUAUAGCACGCUCUCCAUCGCCUAGAAGUGGCGAAGACACACCAAUGGAAACUCCAACGACGUAUUGGUGGAUUGAUUCCGAUAAUAGUAUACCACUCAGUGCAACGCCAAGUACAUCGUCAUCGGCUGCAUAUCAUGUGCUGCGUGACAAUGGUGGCGGUGGCGCGUCGUCGAGUACAGCGGUUGGUAGUACCGCUACAUUCAAGAAGCCUCCGUAUAUUGCUGGAUCAUACUUGGAAUUAUUGGCAGGCGGACCGACCUUUUAUGCUCCCUUGCUCGAAGUUAUUGAUGUUCUUAAAACCGUAUUUGAAGAACAUUUGCCUGGAGCACUAGGCAAUUUGACUCUACAAUUAUUAACAACUACACCUACUACGAAAAAUGUGCCGGAUUUGGUGUCACUAUUCUUUUACAUGGCUCAGAAUAUGUGUGAUGAAUGGAUGAAACCUCAACAUAUCCCUUUCACGAAUCUGACAAAUGAGCAGCUUACAGCCAUGCGAAAAACGGCUCAUAUGGUUGGUACAGAAGGCAUUUUGAUCCUUCUGCAAACCACGCUGGAACACUUCCGAAUAUUUGCUCAAAUGAGUCAAAUACUGCAAAUAUUUCAGACUGGUGAAGAAUUGUUUGAUUUCUUCUAUGCUGUUCCAAUGGGUUUCCAAAGGCUAAAGCCAGUACAAAUAGAUAGAAACGAUCCAGUCCUAUUCCCCAACAAUGAACAACCAUCAACACCAAAGAAAAUACCAGCCAAUAAACCAACACCCAUCCGUAAAUCUGAAGUUCUCAAAUACGUAUGUGAGGUAUGCUCUCGCGUAUUCAAAAAGAAAUUCAACUGGCAAGAACACAAAAUUACGCACCAAAACGACGAGUCCAAGAAGCAUUCUUGUGAUAGCUGUGGCAGGAAAUUCAAACGAAUUCCAGACUUGGAAAGGCAUCGCAAAGUAUUGCAUUCAGAUACGCAAACUGUGUUUGAAUGUGAGAAGUGUCACAAGACGUUUAGUAGGAAGGAUAACUUUAAGAGGCAUCAGAACAAGAUUGCAUGCAAAUCUAAGUAUGAUGGGGAGGAGGACUAUAAGGAGUACUGA